ACAUGCUCAUUAUUACUUCACUAGAGUGUCUGUGGUUACUGAUUGUCUGUGUUUAUCCUCUUCUGAAUGUCCAGCAGCUGAUCAUCUCCUGCCUCAAUCAUAUCGGAUUUUACCCGUUUUCCUUUGGAAUGAGUUUUUGGAAACGCAAAAAGAAUGACAGCAAAAAGGAUACGGUUGAAAAAGACGAAGGACCCUUCUACUUGACACCCACCCCAGAUUCACCGAUCAUAAAGACUAAUGGACUCGAUCCUGUCAUUACAGACUUCAGGUUGGAGUUACCAGACAAUAAAGAUGACCUCAAAGACACUGGAAAAUCUACAUCCUCAGAAAGAUCUGAUCUGUCGGUGGCUCUAGAGGACUGCAUGGCAGCGCUGGAUUUAUUCCUGCAUAAUGAAUUUGACGAGGCAUUGUCUAGACUCAAGUGCAGGACUAAAGACAGUAUGUAUCAUGCGCUCACGUAUGCCACCAUUCUGGAAAUGCAGGCAAUGAUGACCUUUGACCCUGAGGACAUCUUGUCAGCAGGAAACACCAUGAAAGAUGCUCAGUCUAUAUGUCAGCGGUAUCGUAAGAAGUCCUCCUUUAACAGUAAAAGCUAUACGGAAGAGGAGCUGCAUGCUGAAGUGUGUUAUGCUGAGUGUCUCCUCCAGAGGGCAGCACUGACCUUCUUACAGGACGAAAAUAUGAUCAGCUUUAUCAAAGGAGGAAUUAAAGUGAGGAACAGCUAUCAAAUCUACAAGGAGCUUCAUACAGUCCUGAAAUCCUCUGAUUAUGUUCAUGGUCAAAGUCAUGGCCACUUUGAGGGAGGAGUGAAACUUGGAGUGGGAGCAUUUAAUCUGAUGCUUUCUCUGUUGCCCACAAGGACCCUGAGGAUGCUGGAGUUUGUGGGAUUCUCUGGUAAUAAGGAGUUUGGACUGCAGCAGCUCCAGGAGGGUUCUGCUGAACGCACAUUUAGAUCUUUCCUGUGUAACAUGCUGCUGCUUUGCUAUCACACAUUCAUGAGCUUCAUACUGGGGACUGGAGAAGGCGACGUCAUGGAUGCAGAAAAACUGCUGCAGCCGUACCUUAAACAAUAUCCUAAGGGAUCUAUCUUCUUAUUCUUCGCUGGCCGAAUAGAAGAAAUCAAAGGCAACCUAGAUGCUGCUAUUAAAUAUUUUGAGGAGUGCUGUGAGGUCCAGCAGGUCUGGAAACAGUUUCAUCACAUGUGCUACUGGGAGCUAAUGUGGUGUUUCACCUAUAAGCGACACUGGAAGAUGGCCUACAUCUACGCAGACCUGCUUAGCAAAGAGAAUGCAUGGUCUAAGGCCAUGUAUGCAUAUAUGAAAGCUGCCUACCUUAGCAUGCUGAGUACAGAGGAAUGUCAGCCAUUUGGGACAAGCGAUGUGGCAUUAUUCAGGCAGGUGCCUGGUCUAAAGCAGAAACUUGCUGGAAAGUCUUUACCCACUGAGAAGUUUGCCAUCCGUAAGGCUCGCCGAUAUAAUGCAGACAACCCAAUUUCUCUGCCUGUACCUCCGCUGGAGAUGAUGUAUAUCUGGAAUGGCUACACUGUGAUCGGGAAGCACAAAGACUUGACAGAGGGCAUGUUAAAGACACUGGAGGAAGCUCAGCAGAAACUUGAACAGAAUCCAAGGACAGAGUUCUCUAUAGAUGACCAGUGUGUGCUAAGUCUACUGAAGGGUCUGUGUCUUAAGCAGCUAGGCUUUACAGAAGAAGCGGAGCACUACUUCACUCUCAUCCUGUGCAAUGAGACACAGAUCAAGUUUGACCACUACCUCGUACCGAAUGCUCUGUUGGAACACGGCCUGCUGUGUCUGGAACAAGGCAGGAGAGAGGAAGCCAUCAAACUGCUGGAGAUGGCCAAGCAGAACUAUAAAAACUACUCGAUGGAGUCACGGACUCAUUUCCGGAUUCAGGCUGCACUGCACAAAGCACAAGCCACAGAGGAGAACGGUGAACCCUGCUCGCCUUCGAGUCCUUAACAGCCACAGUAACAGAGAGGUCAUAGGGUCAACAAAUGCCAUGCUCAGGCCUAAGGAGCUGGGUGAAGGCUGCACGAGUGCAGAAAUUUUGAACAGACAACAAUCAAGCAGGACUGAGCAUUUGAUGAGAGAAAACUCAGUCUCUCUCACUCACACACAGGCAUUAACAAAAAAAAAUGUAUUUAUCAGAGCCAACCAUACAAUACAUCCCAAAUGCAUGCAGUGCCGAGAUACAGUCCAUCUCCGAAUAAGAGGCAAAACAUUUUGCUGAGACGCUUAACCUAAGGAUGAUUCUAUUGCAUUUGAGCAGCAUUUUGUUUUUAUAUUGGUUUAGCCCUCGGAGGUGCUGACUGUCUAAACUGUGGCCAGCUUGUGUCUUCAACAAACAGACCAUACUCGUUGAUCAGUUAUUAUUUAUUAUGAAUGAAGCCUUCAUCUUUAUGCACGUUAUUAUAUGAUUCAAACACCAAUGUUAUAUGAGUACAAACACCAAUGUUAAUAGGAACACCUUCAUACCUGCUAAUUCAUGCAAUUAUCCAAUCAGCCAAUCAUGUGGCAUAAAAAUAUAUUCAUGCAUAAUAUAGGUCAAUACAAGUCAAAAGCUUCAGGUUUAUAUCUCUCAAAUAUCUCUUUUUUUUUUGCCCACAAAGCUGAUGUUGGCUGAUGAUUUUUUGUAAUAAACUCUAUUUAUUGUAGUGUGUGAAAAUCUAAGGAAAUCAGCAGAUUCUAAAAUACUCAAACCAGAUCAAGCCCCUUAGGCACCAACAACCAUCACAUACAUCACAGUUACUAGAUAUUUGCAUGAAUAUGCAGGUGUAAAGGGGUUUCUAAAAAGUAGUUUGUGAGUGUAUAGGAGUAAUCUGUUUUUCUUUUGUUGUAACCAUAGCGAGAACCUUGCCAUAUGGAUCAAAAUAGACAGAGCUUUAAAAUUGUUUUAUUAAUUAUAUUUUCAUAUAUAAAAACCUCACAAAUAAAUGUUUAUCAGUAAAAUGACUUAAAUUGAUAGUACCAAAAACUUCAAAUCAUUCACGAACAUAACUCAUAACACUAGAAAUUAUGAGAUUAAAAUUUUUUUAUUAAUUCCACACAGCAAAUCAUUAUUUAUAUUAGCCUAUUUUGAUUUAAAAAAAAUUUUGUGUAUUCUCAAGAUGGAACAUGUGCGUAAGAAUCAUUUUAUUGUUAAUAUAUUCCACUAGUAUGUACGUAUAAUAGCAUCCUUAUGUCUGUCUUCUCACUGUUGUGUAGGAUGGCACCUCCAUCAAAGUUACUACCAUUCACAACCACGUAAAUACAAUAUUGGCCGUUUUUCGGGUUUCUUUAGUAUUUAUUUCUAAUAUUAGUUGUCUAUGAUAUUGGCAUUGUGAAAUUGUCCCAGUUUAAGUGGAUAACUGAAUGUGUCUUUUAGAAAGGCAAUCUCCUACAUGUGGUCUUAAUCAAUGCACAAACAAAUGGCAAAUUCUUUCAUAUUGGAGGCAGCAGAUGGCGAUUUCUGCUCUAGUCAUGCUGAGGGAUGCAUUGAAAAUCACUACAGCCUUACACUAAAAACAAAGAGCUUAACAGAGAUUAACAAAAAAAAAAAAAUAGGAUUUUUUUUUGUGUUAAUGAUCCUGUCAGAUAUACACCAUGGUAAUGUAGUCUGUAUAAAGGUCCUUUAAUUAGAAGUGAUAUUAAUAUAUUAAUCUUGUAGAAAGAUCCUUUUUUAAUGUUUGUUUACAUUAGUUGCAUUACAGCUUAAAUUAUGCUUACUCAUGCUUUAUCUCCAAGAGCAAUGUCAUCAUUUUGUUUUUUCAUACAAUCAAUGCCAGGCCAAACUAAACUUACUGUUGAAGUCUCACUGUUAUAGUAGAUCUAGAGCAUUUCUGUUAAUACUUAAGUCUAUUUAAACAGAUUUGCCUCCCAGAUGAGGUAUUUAGUGUCUGUGGAGAUUAAGAUAAACUUAAUUUUUAUAUGAAGGACUUGCAUUCAAACUAAUAAAUAUGAAAAUUCUUAUUUCCUUAAAGGUGGUGGGGGAAAUAAUUUGAUUCAUAUGUGUCUAGUUCUAUUUUUCCUCUGUGUGCACUGAUUCUUCAGAUGAUGGUUGUGUAUGGCUCCUUUGCAUAUUUAUGUUGUGUAUGGCUCCUUUGCAUAUCAACAUUCCUAGGAAAAAGUGAUGUUUUUGUAUAAUUUAAAAAUAAAUGAUGACAUUCUCUUCCACCAAA